AUGCUGUUCCCCUUUCUACUCAUUCUCCUAGCCUGGCUUGCCAGGGCCAUCCCGACACGCGCCCCCAUCGAAUCUCGACAAGCGGCGUCCUCGUAUUGGCUCUCCCAGAUCCAGCGACAAGGCACCGUGGCUUACGGCUCCAACCCCGGCUACAAGAUCUUCCGUAAUGUCAAAGACUAUGGCGCAGUUGGCGACGGUGUGACCGAUGACACCACUGCCAUCAACAAUGCCAUUACUGAUGGGUCGCGAUGCGGACAAGGCUGCGAUAGCUCUACCACUGCCCCUGCACUCGUCUAUUUUCCACCUGGUACCUACGCUGUCUCAGCUCCCAUCAUUCAGCUCUACUAUACCCAAUUUGUCGGCGAUGCGGUCAAUAUUCCCACUGUCCUUGCCCUACCUAGCUUCGAAGGUCUGGCUGUACUCGAUACCGAUCCUUACAUCCCAGGUGGCAAUGGUGCUCAGUGGUAUACAAAUCAAAACAAUUUCUAUCGACAGAUACGCAACUUCAUUGUCGAUAUCUCCCAGAUGCCAGAAGACCAGGGAGCGGGCAUUCAUUGGCAGGUUGCACAAGCCACCAGUCUUCAAAAUAUUGUGUUCAACAUGCGCCCAAAGAGCCCCACCAAUAAACAGCAAGGGAUUUUCAUGGACAACGGCUCCGGAGGCUUCAUGUCGGAUCUUGUAUUCAAUGGUGGCAAUUACGGCGCUUUCUUAGGCAACCAACAAUUUACCACGCGCAAUAUGACCUUCAACGGGUGCAACACUGCCAUUUUCAUGAAUUGGAACUGGUUGUGGACUUUGAAAUCAGUGACAAUCAACCAAUGUGACGUCGGCAUCGACAUGUCGAACUUGAACAAUGGAGUUAACCAGACUGUUGGGUCUGUGAUUCUUCUUGACAGUGCCAUGACUGGCACUCCGAUUGGUAUAAAAACCUCGUACAAUAUGAGCAGCCAGCCCACUACUGGAGGGACCUUGGCCUUGCAGAAUGUCGACUUCACUGGGGUUCAGACGGCUAUUGUUGGUGCAGACGGGACUACUCCGAUCCUGGCUGGCGGCUUUGUUGUGGAAUCUUGGGGUCAAGGUGACUCUUAUACUCCUGCUAGUGGAUCGUCGGAAAACGUCAAGAGAGAACCGCAACUUGGGCCUUUGUCCUUCCAGCCUCCGUCAAUCUCGUACUACUCGACGACUACCACUACGCUCACCGUUUCGGCCAUACCACCACCCAGUGGCAUAUUGCUCACAACCACCACUGUCUAUGUCACUGCGUCUCCGACAGCUGCUGGCAACGCUUCCUCAAGCUUGUCGGCUAAUGCUACACGAUCUCAGCCUACAUUGUCAUCUGGACCAACUCCUGGCACAUGCUCUCCAACCACGGUGUCGUUGAAAUCGGCACGUGUUCAACAACCGCUGACUGCUCCCAGCAUGGCCUCGUCUCUGAUGAACGGGAAUAAGGUUUUUGAGCGCUCCAAGCCUCAAUACCAAGGUGUUCCGGUGUCGUCCUUUGUCAGCGUCAAAUCGGCGGGAGCCAAAGGCGACGGCGUAACCGACGACACUGCAGCAAUUCAAAACAUCUUCAAUAAUGCCACUCCCGACCAGGUCGUGUACUUCGACCACGGCGCCUAUGUCAUUAGCAACACAGUCAUGGUCCCCUCCAACAUCCGCAUCACUGGAGAAAUCUGGCCUCUCAUUAUGGCUCAAGGUUCGGCGUUCUCAGAUGUCAACAACCCGAUGCCCGUCUUUCAAGUCGGGAAUGAAGGAGAUGUCGGUUCUGUGGAGAUAACGGACCUCGUUUUCGAGACUCUUGGGCCCGCUCCUGGUGCUAUCAUGAUGCAGUGGAAUGUUGCGGAAGCGUCUCAGGGUUCUUGUGGCAUGUGGGAUGUCCACUUCCGGAUCGGAGGGACUGCAGGAACUCAGCUGCAACAAGAUACAUGCCAGGCUAACGUCACUGGCUCUUUUGAAUUCAAGCCCCAGUGUGCAGGCUCCUUCUUACUGAUGCACAUCACUCAGCAAGCCUCCGCCUAUUUGGAGAACUGCUGGUUCUGGGUAGCUGACCAUGAGCUUGACAUCACCGCCCACAACCAGACCAACAUUUACAACGGUCGUGGAUUGCUGGUUGAGAGCCAAGGUCCUGUCUGGCUGUACGGAACGUCAUCAGAGCACAAUCAGCUUUACAACUAUCAAUUUUCCAGUGCUCGGGAUAUCUUCAUGGGUGCGAUUCAAACAGAAACACCCUAUAUGCAAGCUACUCCCAACGCCUUGGGAGGGUUUCCACCGAAUUCGGCAUUCUCAGACCCCACUUUUGCCGACUGCACCACUGACUCGUGCAAGAAGGCCUGGGGCUUGCGGAUCGUGGACUCAAGUGGUCUUCACAUGUAUGGCGCAGGGCUCUACAGCUUCUUUGACAAUUACCUCCAAACAUGCUUGGAUACAGAGUCAUGUCAGGAAAACAUGGUCGACAUUCAAUGCUCAUCCAAUCUCAGCUUGUAUGGUCUAACAACGAAGGCUUCAGUGAACAUGGUUAAUGUUGACGGAACCCCCGAGGCUAUCGGCCAAGAUCAUGUGAACCUAUUCGGCCAGACCUUGCUUCUAUUCGAGACUUGA